AUCGUGCUACUUCUAGAUUAAUUUUCAGUCGUUAUUUUAAAAUUCUGCUUUAUUAGUAUUUAGAGUAUUCUAUACUAAGGUAAACGUAACUUGCUGUUACUUGUAAGUUGUUAUUGCCACAGUUAUUACUAUCAGUAUCACCGUAUGAUGUAUCACGCUAUUAGUCCUAAUUUAUUUAUACAAGAUUAGGCUCAUAAUGGAAACUGACACUGUAUCAGUGAGACUGUUUUCACGUGUAUUACCAGUGGAUUAAGUUAAACUAAAAAGGACUUUGUCAUGGUAUUACCUUCACAUUUCUCUAUGAAUGGGUUGACAUAAUCAUAUCCAAUUAGUUCUCCAAGUUGCUAUCAAGCCCAGACCCAUCCAUCCACAGCAAAUAUUAAAAAAAUAUUUUUUUAAUUCAUGGCAUCUCUACAAGGUCUUCCUCCUCUUCCUAAAAGCCUGAGUGGGCUCCUGAACUUUAGUAGCAGUCAAUGGAAAGAACUGGAGAGACUGCAUGCUAUGAGAACAAUGAUACAACAAGAUCUAAGUCGGAAUAUGCCUGAACUCGCCAGUAGUCACAUGGUUCCAAAUAGAGAGGAAAAACCUGCUUUUAGCACUGACAGAUCCACCCCUAAUGAACCCCACCAACCCCGACCAUCAAAUCGCUCUACGCUUGAUGCCCAGCUGGCAGUGUUAAGAAAAGAGAUGGUUGGUCUGCGACAGCUAGAUAUGUCACUGUUAUGCCAGCUGUGGUCACUUAAUGAGUCCAUUCAAGAAUACAAACAGCUGGUUCAGGAACGAAUGUCUGCUUCUACGUCCUAUGCUUCUUCACCUGGCUGGGACAACGGAUUAGACUCGCCUAGCAGUGAAGAGUUACUGGACAUCAAUCUGAAACCCUUUGAACUUCAGCGCCCAAUACCACAGCCUAACAGAAUAGCAAACCACUUGGACCACAGAGACUUAGCCUCUGUUCCAGAGGAUUGCUACUCUUAUUCCAAUUCUUCACAUUCUAGUUUAGAAUUUGAAGAUGUUUGAUGGGCUUAGAAGUAGAAUCUCUCAAGUUGACUCAGCCAUUUAUACUUGGUUCACUGAACACGAAGAAAGGAAACUCUAAGUUAUUUAUUUAACAUAUGUUAAAGAUGUAACCUAUUACAUUUGUAGUGUAAAAAGUUUGAUUUCUAGAGGAAAUAGUAAUGUUUUGUGGUAUCUUCUCUUUUUCUUAAUUAACCUGAAGUUAAAUACAUGAACAGAAUUUGGUUUAUUAACUAGUUCUGUUUAAUGAAAGUUUAUGUUAAAACAUUAUUAAUUUUUAAUUUUACAGCUACAAGUGACUAAAUAAUAGUCUUUUAGUUGAAGUGAAACAGCAGUAACCUAUUUAGAAAUUUAAUACCUAGAAAAUCAUGUCUAACAACAAGUAUGUUAUCUAAUUAUGUUUUUAUUCAAUUCACAACAAAAUGGCACAACACAGAAUGACAGUCCAGGAGCAACACUGUGUAGGUGGUCUUAGAUAUGCAAUAGCCACCAAAGGUGAAAUAUGUUUGUGAUUGUGUUUUUAUUGAAUUCACAACACAGAAUGACAGUCCAGGAGCAACACUGUGUAGCUGGUCUUAGAUAUGCAAUAGCCACCAAAGGUGAAGUAUGUUUGUGAUUGUGUUUUUAUUGAAUUCACAACACAGAAUGACAGUCCAGGAGCAACACUGUGUAGCUGGUCUUAGAUAUGCAAUAGCCACCAAAGAUGAAAUAUGUUUGUGAUUGUGUUUUUAUUGAAUUCACAACACAGAAUUACAGGCCAGGAGCAACACUGUGUAGCUGUUCUUAGAUACACAACAGCCACCAAAGGUGAAAUAUGUUUGUAAUUGUGUUUUUCCUUAAUUACAAAAUAAUUGUGCCAUUUUUUUUUUUUGCCUUCCAUAGAAUGUACCAUUUUGUCGAUCUUCUUGCACUGUAUUUAUCAACAUUGUUAGCUGUGAAAAGGCAUUUCAAUAUUCAAAAUGUGGCUAAAAUCAUUAUGUGAAAGUACUGUUUGUGCAAAAGCUUACUAAGUAGUGUUCCACUCUUAUACCAAGUUAAGUGUUGUGUCUGCUAGGUAGUGAAAUAUUAUUACUUUAUUCUAACGUGGAGGACUUUUUUUAUUGCUAUUUUGUGGUUCGGGGUAGCAAGUAAAAGUAUUAUACUAGGAAGAGAAACUUUAAUCAGUGUUUUGGAGAAGUGAAUUGUUGACAUGCUAAUGAUUGGGCUGGUCUGGCAGCUACCUUUUUUUAUACUUUAAUGUUAUCUGUUCUGUUUUUGUUUUUUCUUUUUGCUUUAGUGGCUGUAAUUGAUUUGUUUAUUUUGGUUAUGUUGUCAUCAUUUUUAUAUAGCUACCCAUUACAAUUGAAAUUCUGCUUUGGUUUUGAAGGCUUUGAAUUUUUUCCCAUUUUGAACUUGAUCUUCUCGUCCUUGUGACAUUAUUUGCUCCUUAAACUGUUUGUAUCUUCUGAAAAUGUGGAAAUUAAGAGAUUUGAUUUUUCUUUCCUCUUCUUAGUUCUUUAAGUUUUUCGACUUAGACUGAUUGUCAUUUGUAUGCAGGCAGCUAGAGAUUAUGGCCAUAUCAGUUCUAGACUUAGAACUUAAUUGUUUACCUCUUAAUUUUUUAAGCAGAGAUGAUCUUACUUUCUUACCUAGACUUAAGAAGUUUGUUAGAUUUAUGCAGAUAUUAAUGUUGGCUCGUGAAGGAAGUUAUGCCUUAUUUCUUAUCAAUUUUUGGAGGUGAGAAUGUGUAUUUUUUCCCUGAUAGCUGCAGCUCCUAAUAUUUUGCUGUUAGUCUAGGUUCUGUGUUCUUUUCCCUCCUCCGUUAUCAUGUGUAUCCCACCACUUUUAGCCUAGGUUCUGUGUUAUUUUUCAUCCUCCGUUAUCACGUGUAUCCCACCACAUUUAGCCUAGGUUCUGUGUUCUUUUCCCUCCUCCGUUAUCACAUGUAUCCCACCACUUAUGGUUGUGUAUGAUCUUCAUGGAGUUUUUUUUUUUUAUGUUCAAAUGGCAACAAUAUCUUUCUUUUUUUUGAUAAGAUUAAAAUAUCUAGUUUUUGGCUUAUAAUGGAAGCAUCCACUGCAUUGUUCUUAAUGAUUGUAAAACCCUUAAAACUACUUUGAUAAUUGCAGUUGGUAUUGAUUGUCCUAAGGUACCUGUGGCUUUCUCUUAGACUAGAGAUAUUCUCCGCUUACCCAAUUUCUAAGACAUUAAGAAUGUGAAUUUUAUAUAUAUUUCUUCAUCAGCCCCACCAUGGGGCAAACUUAUGGAUCAACUAAUUGCUCUAUUCUACUUAAAAGGUGGUUAUCUAAAAUUAAUUUCUACUUAAUUUGAAUUUCACACUGAUGAAGAAAUAACAAUUUUUAACAUUACAUGAAACAGUACUGACACAUUAAUAAACCUGGGUAGUUUUUCUUUUCCUGUUCCUUGAGCUUUUAAUAUACAAUUUGCUAAUCUACUUGGCAUCAGUAACAACAGAUUUAUUCAUUGUAACCUUUAAAAUAUUUUGCAUACAAGUACUGAAACAAAUUAAGCAUCAAAUAAUAAUAGCUUCAUAAUCAUUCCAUCAUCAAGUCAGGAAAAUAAAUACAAAGAAUUAAAUAUCAUACCUUAUAGUUCAUUAGGUCAUCACCAGGGAUUUCAUUUGUGCAGGUUUUGAAAUGAUGAAAUUGGAUAAUUAGGUGAAACUACGUUAGCCAUUUUAAAAUUUAACCAAAAUUGUUGCAGGCAAUACUAAAGUUAGUACCAGAAAGUUGUAAAGAAUAAUGCUUUUGAAUUUAUAUUUUAUAUCAGAACUGUAAUACUGGAAAUAAAAAAAUAAAAUAAAUUUACUUAACUCUGUAUGGACAGGUGGAGGGUCAAAGUGUGCAAGCCACGACUUUUUACAGAGUGCCAUUCAACAUGAUAUUGUGUAUUUGAUGUCAGUGUUACCAACUGUUCAUUUUACCAUACAUUACUGAUUUAACAACAGUUCAUGAUAGAGGAGAGAAAAUACCAGAUACAAUAUACAGGGAUACUGAAAAAAACCUGUAGAUAUGGGUGUUAGAUAUUCUAGAGGUUAUGCAAACUAUAUGAUAGACAAAAGUCACUGUUCCUUUUCCGACACGGGAUUGGUCCAAUGGACUCAGCCCAAGCACGCUCGGUUAAAUAGGUUUUUGUUUGAAAUUAGUAAAAGAAAUUGUAUAUUUUGAGUCAUUGUCUGUACUAGUUCACUGAAGUCUUAAAAAUAAUUUACAUACAGCUUUAGUCUAUAGGAAUAUAUUUGCACUGAAUUUCAAAGUGGUAAAUGGAAGGCACUUGAAAAAAAAAGGAUUUUUUUGCAUCUUGUUUAUAUAAACGGACUUGCAGUUUGAAAAAUAAUGGCAUUGCUAACACUUGAAUUUACAAAGAAGGUCUUUCCUCGAUAAUCACUAGUUUUUUUAAGUUCAAAACAUUUUUACUAACUUAGUUGACCUGCAGUUCUGGAGUUACUGCUGUCACACACCAGUUAAUCAUAACUGUGUAAGACGUACCUUGUAGAAUCAUUUGAUAUUUACUCAACUCCUUAUACCUUGGUAGGUUAGGUACUGUUUGAGUUACUAUCUUGAAGAUUAUUUGAAACAUUUUGACAUUGCUGUCAUUGAUCUCCAAUUUUUUACAGAACAGGAAUAUAUUAGUAUGAUGUAUACAAGUACAGACAUAUUUAUCACUUUCUUGAAAUGCUUGGUUUGUUGAUCUCCCUAAUGUCAUAGUUGUGUGAGGGUUCUUGCUUAAAGUUUUAUGAAAAAACUGAAAUCACUCUCUUUAAGCACAAAAAGGAAUAUUUGUAAUGAACACUACAACAUCUGAAUUGGUCUUCUUCAUACUUCUAAGGCUUCAACCAUUAAAAAGGUGUAUGUGAUGAAGUUGAGAAGCAUCCACUACUCUUUGAUACUGUUCAUGUCGUAGUAAUCACUCGGCUGUGUGUUGGCAAAAUGUAAUUUAGAAUUUACAAAAAUAAACUAGGAAGGUUUGUCAUUGUGAUUGCCUCUAUCUGCUUGACUUUGUUUUCAUUCUUACAAGAUCCCAUUUAUUAUGUUAUUUCUUUGGCCCCAUCACUGUUAGCUUAUCUGUGGUCAUAUUAAAUGAAUAAUUGUUGCUGUUUUUAUCUUAUUUUGAAUUCCGUCGUACAUCUGUAGGUUGAACUUACAGAAUGUAAGGCAUUAACUUGCACAUAUUUUUUUAAGAUAAUUAGUCAAAUAUCUUUUUAAAACAGUCAUGUAGGGGAUAAGAAUGUUCAAAUUAUUGCCA